AUGGCGGAUAUCGAACCAGAGGUUGCUGCUGCAGGAAUCGUGAAAAAGAGAACGUUCAAGAAGUUCUCUUUCAGAGGAGUCGAUCUCGAUGCUCUUCUUGACAUGUCUACCGAUGAUCUUGUCAAGCUCUUCAGCUCUCGUAUCCGCAGAAGGUUCUCUAGAGGAUUGACCAGGAAGCCGAUGGCUUUGAUCAAGAAAUUGCGCAAAGCGAAGAGAGAUGCACCAGCUGGUGAGAAGCCAGAACCAGUGAGAACCCACUUGAGGAACAUGAUCAUUGUGCCUGAAAUGAUCGGAAGCAUCAUCGGUGUUUACAAUGGAAAGACUUUUAACCAAGUCGAGAUCAAACCGGAGAUGAUUGGACACUACUUGGCUGAGUUCUCGAUCUCAUAUAAGCCGGUUAAGCACGGUAGGCCUGGUGUUGGUGCUACCAACUCCUCCAGGUUUAUCCCUCUCAAAUGA